AUGGAUGAUGAUGAAGAGGAGACUGGUGCGAUAUUGAACGCUGGAGAUGGCGACGAUGACAACUAUGAUGAUAAUAUACAACUUGGUUCAACACAUGAUAACCAUCUCAAACCUCGAGGUGAUGAUGCCGACUCUGAUGACAUCAUUGACAAACACAAAGAUCUGCCUCAGUUCACUUUUAGAGCAAUAGCAGGUGGAGUUAUAGUUGGUGGAUUAAUGUCAUUUAGUAAUAUGUACUUUGGAUUGCAAGCGGAUUGGAUUACGAUGGGCUCGUUGCAGUCUACUUUGUUGGGCUUCUUGGCGUUUAGGAUGGUUGAGAAGAGGCUCACCAGGAAGUUCAACUAUCUGGAGAAUGUAUUGUUACAGACGGUGGCCGUGGCCACUGCCACCAUGCCCCUGGCCGGAGGAUUCAUUGGCGUGAUCCCCGCCCUCGAGAUCCUGUGGCAUCAGGAGCACAACACAACUGUCACGCCCGUGCCGGGCACAUCGAGCUCAUCACAUGCCGCCGACGUCGAGCUGCCCAUCUACUUCUCGUGGUGGGGACUGACGCUGUGGUCGUUCGCACUGGCCUUCUUUGGCGUGUUCUUUGCCGUGCCACUGCGACGCCAGACGAUCUUGGUCGAGAAGCUAAAGUUCCCAUCAGGCACUGCCACCGCACAGAUGAUAUCAGUGUUGCAUGAGUUGGACGACAGCCAAGUGAGCGAAGAACUGUUGCUCAAGCAUGAGGAGACAGACAUCAGCACAAGGAGUCGGCACAACAGUCGCGAAGACGAGCCGUUGACCACUGGCGCCAAUGUCAUGUCUUCGUCCACGUCGUUGUCGUCGUCGGACCUCGAGGAGGACCAGGGAUUCCCACGUCCAACCAACUUCAACACCAAGUACAAAGUCCUCUUCAUAUCAUUCGCCGCAUCUGCAUUGUACAAAUUCAUGUCAUUCUUCUUCCCCAUCCUUUCUGGACUGCCAAUCUUUGGAACAUAUCUUGCAAACACAUGGGCCUGGAAGCUUACACCAUCCCUUAGUUAUGUAGGCCAAGGAAUGAUUAUGGGACCAAAGACAGGAGCAUCGAUGUUUGUUGGAUUGAUACUGGGAUGGGCGAUACUUGGACCAAUUGCACAUGACAGGGGAUGGGCACCUGGCAAACCACUUGAUGUGACAAACGGCGCAAAGGGCUGGUUGCUCUGGAUUGCCCUGUUCAUCAUGCUGUCGCAGUCGAUCGUGUCUCUGUUGGUGUUGAUGACUCAACAGCUGCUUGUCAAGUUUGGCUACAUCAAGAGGACGGUCAUCAAGUCGUCGGACGACCCUGCGCCAAUCAAUCAGCGCGUACCAAACAAGUGGUGGAUCAUUGGACUCGUCAUCUCCACCAUCAGUUGUGUGGCGAUCAUCUCGCCACUAUUCGACGUGGCCGCCUACCAAACACUGUUGGCGGUGCUCGUUGCGCUGCUUACCAGUGUUCUGGCUGUGCGUGCGCUCGGUGUCACUGACAUGAACCCCGUCACAGGCAUUGGCAAGAUAUCACAGAUUCUGUUUGCAUUCGUCGCGCCCAAAAACAUCGUGUCCAACCUGGUCGCCGGUGCCAUUGCCGAGGCCGGUGGACAACAAGCAGGCGACAUGCUGCAGGACCUCAAGACUGGACAUCUGCUCAAGGCGUCGCCGAGAACACAGUUCUACGGCCAGCUGAUUGGCUCGUUCUUCUCUAUCUUCUUUGCCGUGGCGGCGUUCAAACUGUACAGCUCGGUAGGUACGAUCAACUCACCGAGCUCAGGAGUGUGGCUGAGCAUGGCACGACUAGUCAAUGGCGGCUCGCUGGGUGACCACGUGCUGCCAUUCUGCAUUGUGUUUGGUGGCCUAGUGUCGAUCAUCCCGAUACUGGAGGCAGUGUUCCCCAGCUGGGAGCCAUACCUUCCCAGUGGCAUUGGUAUUGCCAUUGGCAUGUACAUUACACCCAACUACAUCAUCCCGCGAUGCAUUGGUUCACUAGUCCAAUUCGUCUGGAAGCGAUACCGCGUCAACUCAUUCAAUGACUACAUGAUCAUCGUUGCAUCUGGCUUCGUACUUGGUGAAGGUGUAACAUCCAUCAUCACAGGAUUAUUAAACCUUGCCAAAUAA